AUGGCCUCAAGCGCAUUACUACAGCAAAUCCAAGCAGGAAAGUCGUUGAAGAAGACUGUUACAAAUGAUAGAAGUGGUCCUGUCCUCGAAGGCGCUGGAAAGUCAUCCCGUGCCGGCGGUGGAGGCAUCGGAGGAGCAAUUGGAGGGGCACCACCAGUUUCUUCUAGCUCAGGAGGAGGGAGCGCAUCAUCUGCAGGACCCCCACAGCUCGGUGGCUUGUUCGCAGGCGGAAUGCCCAAGCUAAAGCCUCCAACUUCAAACGGCCCCGCUAAACUUUCUAAUCUGGCGAAACCACCAACGAUUCCCAAACUAGCAUCCGCCGCGGCCACUGCUUCAAACGAUUCGCCAACGACUCCAUCCUCGCACUACGCUGCACCUCCCGCACCACCACCUCCUCCCGCAGCAACAUCUCCCGCGCGCGCAGUCCCUCCUCCUCCAAGCCGAACUGUUCCCGCGAGAGGCGUUCCGCCACCACCACCAGCUCCUCCUACACCAAGCAGCUCGAAUCUCCGUGCAACAAGUCCUGCGCCUCCUCCUAGAGCCGUUCCACCACCGCCCAGCAGAGCUGCUCCUCCGAAUCCUCCACCGGCCCCAGCACCUCCAAGCCUACCAGCGCGUUCUGUUCCAGCACCUCCUCCUAAUCCUCCUACCACGAAUGGACGACAUGUUCCUCCACCGCCAGUAGGUCGAUCUGUACCGCCGCCACCGUCUCGUUUCCCACCUCCUCCUACGCCAUCUUCGACGACAGUAGAAGCACCCAACUCUGCGAUUCACAACAAAUUUGGAAGAGAUAGUCCCAUCAGCCCAUCGACGCCCUCUCGUGCCGUUCCGCCUGCCCCUGCGCUUCCAGGACGCAAAGUGCCACCUCCACCACCUCCAAGAGGUCAACAUGGUGCAUCUGGUAGCAUGAGCGACACUGGAGGCGCACCACGUCGACUCGCCCCACCUCCACCACCAGCAAGACCAGCGAGUACGAUUGGAACAAGGGCAGCCUCGCCAGAAGCUCCGCCUCCUAGAUCGUAUGCACCUCCCCCUGCACCACCUUCGAGGUCUAUCCCACCGCCCGCACCACCCAGUAGAACUCGAGUCCAAAGCGCUGUUUCACCCACGAGCACGGGGACUGAACCUCCGACGCCUAUAAGCCCACCGGUUUUACCCCCACCGCGCGCAAUGCACGGUCGUAGUGUUAGCGGAGGUCCUCCGUUGGGCCCACCGCCUUCACGAACGAGCAGUAACGUGAGGACCGCCGUGUCCAACCCGGGACCAACAAGAAAGAUUCCUUCUCCGCCACCCGUGUCUGGCCAAUACAAGUUUCCUUCGUCGUCAGACUUUCCGCAACCAAGAAAGUUUGAAAAGGGCGCAAGAUCAUAUCCCAGCGGGAAGAGCAAAGGUGGCAACUUUGAUCUCAGCCUAAUAGCCUAA